AUGAUGGAGGAGAUGGAGUGCAGAGGAAUUGUAUUUGCACCUUAUGGCCCAGUAUGGAAGCAGCAGAGGAAGUUCUCUCAUACAACUCUUCGCCAUUUUGGAUUAGGGAAGAACAGCCUGGAACCUAAAAUUAUUGAAGAACUGAAAUAUAUUAAGGAAGAAAUACAAACACAUGGAAAAGAGCCAUUCAACCCCUUUUCAAUCAUUAGCAAUGGAGUGUCCAAUAUUAUCUGCACUCUGGCUUUUGGCAGGCGCUUUGAUUAUGAAGAUGUUGAGUUUACGACCUUGUUGAGUCUCAUGUCACGUGGCCUACAGGUCGCUGCAGCAGCUGGUCACACGGUGGUCUUAGUGGACCAGACAGAUGAAAUUCUGAAAAAUUCAAAGAAAGGAAUUGAGGAGAGCUUGAAAAAAGUAGCAAAGAAGAAGUUUGCAGACAAACCUGAGGCUGCCACUCAGUUCAUUGAGAGUACCUUAAAGAACUUGACAGUGAGCACAGAUCCAGUAGCCAUUGUACACAGUACUGAUCUUGUGAUAGAAGCUAUUGUGGAGAACCAGGAAGUGAAAAAUGACCUCUUCAAGAGACUGGACAAGUUUGCUCCAGAACAUACCAUAUUUGCAAGCAAUACUUCAUCCUUACAAAUCACACAGUUGGCCAACUCUACUACCAGGCAGGACCGGUUUAGUGGCCUCCAUUUCUUUAAUCCAGUGCCUGUAAUGAAGCUUGUAGAGAUUGUCAAGACACCAAUGACCAGCCAAAAGACUUUUGAGUCGCUCAUGGAUUUCACCAAAGUACUGGGAAAGACUGCAGUAUCUUGCAAGGAUACUCCUGGAUUUAUUGUAAACCGUCUCCUAGUGCCAUACCUGAUGGAAGCAGUCCGGCUUUAUGAGAGAGGAGAUGCAUCAAAGGAAGAUAUCGAUAUUGCUAUGAAACUUGGGGCUGGCUAUCCCAUGGGUCCAAUUGAACUGCUGGACUAUGUUGGGUUGGAUACCAGUAAAUACAUUAUAGAUGGGUGGUAUAUGUCAGAGCCAGACAAUCCUCUUUUUGCUCCCAGCCCACUGCUGAACAAACUAGUAGAGGAGAAGAAGCUGGGUAAGAAGACUGGAGAAGGAUUUUACAAAUACAAAUGAAGUCCAAUGGAUGGGAAGUGUCACGCCGUCCAUAUAAGCAUGUGCCACUUGCAGUUCCCACCUUGUGUGUGGAUGCUGUUUGAUCAAGCCUUUCCUAGGACGGCAUGGGUUGUUCUGUGCACUUAGAUAAUAAUCUGUCUCUGAACUGAGUGAUUGUUCUAGUUAACAGUUUCUGUACUGAGAGCUGAUUUAGUCUCUUAAUUUUUCCUGUAAUUUGGAAAGCUUUACACAUACAGUGCCUUCAUGUAGAUGUUGAUCUUUCAGAAGCAAGAUGUUUUACUUCUUUUGCAGACAAAAUGACAGUGGAAUUCAUGUAUUUGAACAGUUUGUUAUAUUAACGGGGUAAAAAAACCACAUUUUCAUGAAAAUAAAAUUGUUAUUCUGUAUGGAA